AUGCUCCGAAGCCCCGAGGUGAAGGACGACCCGAUGGAGUGCCCGCUGUGUAUGGAACCGCUGGAGAUCGAUGACGUCAACUUCUUCCCCUGCACCUGUGGAUACCAGAUCUGCCGCUUCUGCUGGCAUCGAAUCAGGACGGACGAGAACGGUCUCUGUCCCGCCUGCAGAAAGCCAUACCCAGAAGACCCUGCAGUGUACAAGCCUCUGUCACACGAGGAGCUGCAGAGGAUAAAGAACGAGAAGAAGCAGAAACAGAACGAGAAGAAGCAGAAGAUCACAGAGAACAGGAAACAUCUGGCCAGCGUCCGCGUGGUGCAGAGAAACCUGGUGUUUGUAGUCGGGCUAUCUCAGAGGCUGGCUGACCCUGAGGUUUUAAAGAGGCCAGAAUAUUUUGGGAAGUUUGGCAAGAUUCACAAAGUGGUGAUCAACAACAGCACGUCGUACGCCGGUUCACAGGGACCCAGUGCCAGUGCCUAUGUCACAUAUAUAAGGUCUGAAGAUGCUCUCAGAGCAAUCCAGUGUGUCAACAAUGUGGUGGUGGAUGGCAGAACACUGAAAGCUUCUUUAGGAACUACAAAAUACUGCAGUUACUUUUUAAAGAGCAUGCAGUGCCCCAAACCAGACUGCAUGUAUUUACACGAGCUGGGGGAUGAAGCUGCUAGUUUUACAAAAGAGGAGAUGCAGGCAGGAAAGCAUCAAGAGUACGAGCAGAAACUACAAGACCUCUACAAAAUCAACCCGACCUUUCUACAGACCUCAGCUGUGUCAGGGGACAAACCAAAGGGCAAAGCCAACUCGUUACACAUGUAUUCAAACAGCAUCAGUCUCCCCAGCGACAAACUGCCAGAAAUGAUCAGUAUAGGCAACGGUGAAACCUCACAACUGCUCCCGGGCGGUGACUUCCCGUCGCCCCCUCCUGGCCUCAGCAAGCCCAGCCUGGUGGUUCCUGUCAGUGUCACAGGCCACACAGCUCACUCCCUUUUUGAGGUGGCUGCUGCAGAGUCCCAGUCUCUGUUCUCAGACAACAGUAACUUCAGACAUCCAAACCCUCUCCCCAGUGGACUGUGCAGUUUCCCCAGUUCCCCACACAGCAACUCCGACUGGCCCACUGCACCAGAACCACAGAGCCUCUUCACCUCAGAUACCAUCCCGGUGUCAUCAUCUACAGACUGGCAGGCAGCUUUCGGCUUCGGCUCAUCCAAGCAGCAGCAGCAGGAGGACGAUCUGGGCUUUGACCCCUUCGACGUCACUCGCAGGGGUCUGGCUGACCUCAUAGAGAAGGAGCUCUGUGUUGAGGACAGCUUCAGCUCCUCCCUGACGCCCCCCAGCUUCCUCCCCCACAGAAACCACAAACAUCUGCUAAAUAAAGGCCUCGGACCCCCAGGAGGGCCCCCACCCUCCCACCACCUCCCUCACUCUCACCAUUUCUCCCAGAAUCAGCACCCUCACAGGGGAGGCUACGGCUUCCCCACUCACCUUAAUUCUUCAUCAUCAUCCUCAUCAUCACCGUCCUCAUCCUCCUGCUCCUCCACGGUCUUCUCCUCCCCCUCCUCCUCAGCGUUCCGUCAGUCCUGGACGGGCUCCACCUCCUCUCGCAGUAACUUUGUUCAUUUGAACCACACAGUCAGUCCAACAGCCUCAAACAGCAGCUUCUUGGACUUUACACUGCUGCCGGGACAUCACAGUUCUGGGCUGGGAGGAAUCCCCAUCACAGAAAACAGCAGUUGCGUAGAGAGUAUAAAUGUGAAGGAGUGGCAGGACGGCCUCAGAGCGCUGUUACCCAACAUCAACAUCAAUUUUGGAGGUCUGCCCAACUCCUCGUCUUCCUCCUCGUCGUCAUCAUCAUCCUCCUCCUCAUCCGGCGUCAACCACACAGGGGCACCAGGGAUUUCUGGGAGUGUUUCUCACAGCCUCCGUUGGGACGGCACAGCCAGCUGGAUGGACCCGGCCAUCAUCACAGGGAUCUCAGCCUCCAGCAGCAACAGUCUGGACUCUCUUCAAGACGACAAUCCUCCACACUGGCUCAAGUCCUUGCAGACGCUCACAGAAAUGGACGCCCCAUCCAGCUCAGCUUCACAGAAAGGCCCUUUAGGGAGCCAGCGCCCCCCCUACAGAGCCGUCUGGGCGCACUACCCAACCCCCACCAGCCAGUUCCACUCUCCACCACCAGGCUUCCAGACAGCCUUCAGACCCCCAACACAGACCCAGACGGACCUGCGACAGAGCGCCGCCAUUGACCGCCACUAG